CCGUGGGUUGCUCUUAGAAAAUGGCAGAGCACGACAGGUUGUUUGCCACCAGCGUCCUUGGGAAGURCUCAUACUCGCACUAGUACCGGUAGAAGCCUGCGUCGAUUGGAAUGGAUCGGUGACGACUUUGGUGAGGCGCUGCGCUGCGUUACGUUACGUUACGGUACGGUACGGACGAAACCCGUGGGGCAGCCGGACAUCCCGGAACGGGACGCGUGUGUGUUUCCUGUUCUGUUCGGCAACGACAAGAACGACAAGAACAAGAACCCUUCGGUUGGGGUCUGGCACCCUCGUGGAAGCGAGCGACCAUGUCCCCAGAUGCCCCGGGCGCCACCGUGGGCGUCGUCCGGCAGCUCUUCGGGGCGAUCGUGGCCCUGUCGGUGGCCCAGAUUGUCGUCGUGCUUCUCUAUCUGCCGGACCCGGCGGGGGAGCCCCCACCGGGGACGGUUUCCGUGGCCUCGGUCGUGCGAUCGCCCCAGCGCCCGGGACUGCGGGCGCCCUUUCCCAACGGGAACCCCAACGGGAACCCCAACGGGACCGAGAGACUCCCGGUUCGGACCACCCACGCCACCGUUGGCCAAAGCAAGUCGAUUCGAAGCGACGGGCACAACGCCACCGUCGGAAACCACGGCAACCACAACCACAACAACAACAACAACAACAGGAACCAGAUCCAGAACCACCACCGCGACGAGAACGACGCGUUCGGCGGCCCGUCGCUGGCGGACUUUGUGGCGGGCUUUCUCGGGGCUCGGAGCGGGGCCAGCGACGACGAUCCGUGGAUCUCCCAGCGCGAGAGGCUCGCCUGCAAGCUGGACACCUCGGAAGAGCUCCUCGACGACUGGAGGUCCCGCCACCAGCGGCUGGCCUGCAGCGCUUCCGCGCACCGGGGCGGAGACCGAGGCGGGCCGAGGAUCGUCGACCGGUACGUCCUGGACCGGUGGGACACCCGCCCCACGAUCCUCCGGUACUUUGGCGCCGAGGCCCGGUCCGCGAGCGGUCCGCCGGUCCCGGAGACGGAGGGAGGCGGCCCGGGAACCCUUCACUGCGUGCCCGUCGCCGGCGGGGAACCGGGCACCGCCGGAACCGAUGCCGGUGUCGAUUUCGAUGCCGACGUCGAUUUCGAUGCCGAUGCCACAACGGCCCGCUACGUCGACGUGAACGCCACGGUCGUCCGGAUCGUCCCCUUCGAUCCCUUCAACGCCUACGAACGCUUCCACGCCUACGUCAACGUGGCCCUGGUCAUGCUYAUSUUCGGGAUCGAAAACCCCCAGCUGGUCCUGCUCCGCGGCAAGGGRGACCGCAGCGUCUUCGACGCCGGCGACCGGGACUUUUGGCGGCUGUUUUCGGGCCUCGAGCCGGUCUACGCAUGGGAGCCCGGAAAGGACGCCSGCGACAACAACGACGGCCACACGGUCCACCGGUUCCGCGAGAUCAUCGAGGCCCCCGGGUCCAGCGUCUCGAUGACCAACGCCAAGAGCACCUCCUUCGAUGCCUACCAAAACAAAACGGUGGCCGGGGGCAUCAAGGGCCGGGCGGUCGAACACCACUGCUCGAGUGACCUCUUUCGGGGGAUCCUGGCGUGGAUCCGGUCCCGGCUGGCGGGCCUGCCCGGGGCAGCGAUCCGCGGCAGCGACAACGAAAGMAGCGACAGCGCCGUGGUGGCGAUCGGAACCAGAUCCAGAGCCGAUUUUCGUUCCGACCGGCCGCUGCAAACACGGCGCAUCCUCUUUUCCUCGAGGCGGCCCUACUGCUGCCGCGGGGGAGAGAUCUACACGCCCGACCGGGUCAUCGAGGACGAGACGGGGUUCCUGGAGGCCGUUUUGGACGCCCUGGUCGAAARCAAGGGCCAUGGGGACAGAGACCGGGAGGAGGARGARGAAGAAGAGGGCUACGAGUACGAAUACGAGUACGAGAUCACCUCCGUCGACUUUGGGUCGCUGUCGACGGCCGAGUCCAUCCGGAGGGUGGUGGAGUCCAACGUCGUCGUCGGGUUCCACGGCGCGGGCCUGGUCUGGUCCGUCUUUUUGUCGGCCGGCGAGGGGGCGGAGGAAAGCCCGGGCUCCGACCGUGCCAGAGACGSAGGCGGGGAAGCAYGGGUUCCUUCCGAGGCAAAGACGGUCGGGCUGGUGGAGAUCUUUGGCGGGAACCGGGCCCCSACCAACAAGCACUACCACAACCUGGCGAUGCUGGCGGGCGUCCCCUACCGWUCGACGCGCUUUUGGAACGGCCUGGACAAGACCAUCUCGUGGAACCGGGGAAGGGUCCACGAGGUCGCCAAGCUGAUCGAGAGCCUGUUCGACGACGAGUAGAUGCGAUGCGGAUGCGAUGCGAUUGAAAUACCACAAGACACCAUAGAAUAGAGAAGACAUUUACGGAAUGGAUCGGAGCACGUGGCGCAGUCAUCGUGUAGCUUGCAAGGAAUAAAAAKAGAAAGACCAA